CUCCUCCUCCUCCUACUCCUCCUCCUCCUCGUUCUUCUGAUUGGUAUUAAACUUCAAUCCUACGUUAAAAAGGACAAAACCAAUAAUUAAUAUUAUAAUCCUAAAUACAAUAUUAAUUUUUCCCCAUUUGGUCUCUUCUCUGUAACUAAAUUCAUCUUCCACCACACAAAUUGUUACUGCAAAUUCUCUCUGCGAUCGAGCUUUGCACCAUUUGUCAAGAAAGGUUUUUUGUGAAUUCUUGUUUCAUUCAAUACAAACACCAUGAGAUUCAGGAAAAGAAGUAACGUAGAGGUAUUCUGCAAAAAGGGUGGGCCUUCAGGGGCGUGGAGAUGCGGUGAGAUUGUUUUUUCAGGCAAUGGACACGAUUACAGUGUAACGUAUGAUUCUCCUUCAAGCAAGAAUAAUGAGGAUCUUGUAGAGAAGGUCUCAAGAAAAGCAAUUAGGCCUUGCCCUCCUCCUCUGGACGAUGCUUCCAAUAGUUGGACUGCUGGUGAUGUUGUGGAGGUGUUGGAUGAUCUUUAUUGGAAGGCAGCUGCAAUUUUGAAGGUUUUCAGUCAAAAUUACUAUUUUGUUAGAUUAAUUGGGUCUUCAAGGGAACUCCGAAUCCACAAAAGUAACAUUAGGAUGCGUCAAUUAUGGGAAGAUGGCAAAUGGGUUGUCAUUGGAAAGGGUUCUGGCUUCAGGGAAGAUGUGAAGUCCAAUAAACUUUCGACCUUCAGUUGUUACCAGUAUAUAAGCCCUCGGAUGCCGCAGGCCAAAGCAAAGACAAAAGUUCAUGCAGGGAACAAUUGUUUCACUGUUGAGAACGAUGCUGGUUUUCAGGAUUCUUGUAUUGCGACUGCUAGAACACUGAAGAGAGCAUCUGAUGUCAAAGAGUGUAAUGGAAAGGUCCUCAAAAUGAGAGCAACACAGAAAAAGGGUGAGCACCAACUAGCGAUGCCAGGGUGCUCAUCCUCAUUUAUGCAAAAGGUAGGUGUUGUUGCUUACCCGGGAGAAUGUCUGGGUGAAACCUACAUGUAUACUUCCCCUUACAAUCAAACAAUUGAAUCCUAUCAAAUGGAGAGGGAGGCACCAAAUUAUCGUGUUGAGACUUUUCAAGCAAGAAGCUUUGAAGCUAAUGAUUAUAGUAAUGACGAAUGUUCUGUUGGUAGUUGUAGCGUUAUUAGUAAUAGUCCAAGUAAACUAUCUUGUCACAUCUUAGAAGGUAAUAGUCGUGAUGCAGAUAGCCUUAGUAGUGGUGCUGAAUCCUUUUAUGGUCGCGGAGAUGAAGAAAAAAAAUGUACCCUUUCCUUAGAAGAAAAUGUAUCGGUAGGAAUUCAUAUGUUAGAGUUGCACGCUUAUCGUUGCACUCUAGAGGCAUUGCAUGCUUCUGGGCCCUUAAAUUGGGAACAAGAAGCGUUGUUGACAAAUCUUCGUAUCUCACUUAAUAUUUCGAAUGAUGAACAUUUGAUGGAGCUAAGGAACUUAAUCUCAACUAGAACAAGUGUCCAUAUUAGGUAGCACCUAAUUUGGGUCUUUGCUUUCCUAUGGCCUUUUUCCUAUUCUGGAAACAGUUUCUAUCUAUUAGCAUAGGUUGACAUCAAUGUAAGAAGCAGCAUGAAAUUGGGACAUUUUGUAGCUUUAUUAUUAUUGUUCAAUCUGUUUUGACUAGGCCAAUGUAAAUUUGUAUUUUGAAAAUUAUGUAAGAACUCUUUAUGCUGUAUAAAUUUUUCCUGGUUCAUCAUUGUGUUAA